UAUUAGACUGCGUUCUAGCUUCAGCGUGAUGACGUAAUGGCUUACGAACGGCACAUGUAACCCUGUGUUGCGCAACGCCUUCUGGGUAAUAUACAGUUUGUCCUGCACGCUGACAUUGGGAUAGUAACCAGACCGAAGAACGCUUCUCAAACCAGGGCAGGAUGGGAGCCUCCUUGUCCACACCUGCUGCUCCUACAGUCAGGGCAGAGGCCAUGAUGGCCACCCCGCCUCAGGGCUGCCCCAUGCACCAAGAAGCCCAGCCUGUCAAAGUGUCUCCACCUUCGGAGUGUCCCAUGCAUCAAGCUCAGCCUGUAAAAGUGUCUCCUCCGUCAGAGUGUCCGAUGCACCAAGCAGAGGCGGGUCCAGCUCACCAGGACCGGGCCUAUGAGUUUGUGGAGUGUCCCAUGAAAGCUGCAGCAGGCACGAAUAGUGACAUCGACCCAGCAAAUAUGAUGCCUCCUCCUAACCAAAUUCCAGCUCCAGACCAGCCGUUCGACCUGUCUAUCUCCAGAGAGGAGUCCACCAUUCCCCGUCACAACACAGAGAAGAACUGGGUUUACCCGUCUGAGCAGAUGUUCUGGAACGCCAUGCUGCGGAAAGGGUGGCGCUGGCGUGACGAUGACCUCGCUCCUACCGAUAUGACCAACAUUAUUAAAAUCCACAACCAGAACAACGAGCAGGCCUGGCAGGAGAUCCUGAAAUGGGAGGCCUUGCAUGCACUUGAAUGUCCAUGUGGGCCGACCUUGAAGAGGUUUGGUGGUAAAGCCAAAGAGUACUCACCCAGGGCUCGCCUCCGCCACUGGAUGGGCUAUGAGCUGCCUUUUGACCGUCACGACUGGAUCAUUGACCGCUGUGGGAAGGAGGUGCGCUAUGUCAUCGACUACUACGACGGUGAAAUCAACAAAGACACCUACCAGUUUUCCAUCCUGGAUGUACGCCCCGCCUACGACUCUUUAGAGGCCGUCUGGGACCGCAUGAAGGUGGCCUGGUGGCGCUGGACCUCCUAAAGGACUCAGACACAUGCACACACACAUAUACUGUGUGAAUUGAAACACACACAUACAAGGACUGUGAAACUGGCGUUCCUCAUUUCAGCUCUUUACAAGAUGUGUGGUGCUGUGAAAAGAAACCAUAAACAAGACUCAUGAAGCAAAAGAAAUGGACUUAGACUAUGUUAGUUUUAGCAGAACCGCACUCAGUUAGGCUGUAUGAAACUUCAUAUGCUGAUCGUAUUGAUUUCAGUGGAAAAUAUUAUUUUGGGUUUGCAAUUCACAGGUCUUUAAAACAGCAUGCGCAUCUAAGGUAGUGGAAGUGUUUGUCAGUCCGGUCACAUGUGGCUCAUACUGCCUCUGGGAGUCUGACGGACUCGGGCUGCUGAGACUUAAUGAUGGUUUCUGUAGACUAUUGUUGCUUCUGCUUAGAUUUCUCAUAUGGCAGCUUUGAAUCCAGUAUCAUUCUUUGGAAGCAAACAUUUACACCAAACCCAAAAUCCAGUGCAAUGCUGCAGCUUUUUACAGUAAAGCGUAUGAUUAAAAUUGCUCAUGUUCAUUUGGAAUAAAUAUAAUUUCAUCUAAAGUCUAUAGGAAUUUAAUUGUUGGUGAUUAUCAGACAAACUCAUUUUUUUGCCUUUAUUUGAUAGUUGAGAAAAAGACAGAAAAUGCAGGGGAUGGGUGGGUAUGACGGAGUCCAAGUUGUGGUUUUAGGGUGUGUGUCAUAACCACUAGGCUCACUGGGACACCCCAGUUUUUAAUAUUUUUAAGUGAGUCUUUUCUGCCAUAUUUUCCUUUUGAUCGGUCAUGUAAAUGUACUUUUAAAAAGCCUUUGAACUAUGGCUUACAUAUUUAUACACAGCCCACACACUAACAUUUGUGUUUUUGUGGAAAUUGUCCAAAAAUGGCAAUAACCUGCACUGUUAGGAUUCUCCAGGCAUGUUCAGAGUGGCAGUUCUGCACAGUGGCCUGACCUGCUGACUGACUCACUUUCACUAGUCUGUCCUCUCUGCCUUUGUACUGUGUGACUGCUGUCAAACUUAGGACGUGACGGGGAUUCUCACUGCUAUCAGAUUUUCUGGUGCACAGUGAUAAUCCUUAUUGGUGAGAUGGGUUUGACAGAUUACCAUGACGACUGUGUAGUGGGUUAUGGGUGUUUGAGUCUAGUUUGGGUAGACCUACAGGAUAUAUAGUUAUAUAUAUUUUUUUAAGAGGACCAGGAUGGAUAUGAGCCUCGCUAAUAAUCCCUGUAACUCUGUCUGCUUUUUCCCUUUCCUUCCUUGUUGGGGUUAGUUUGCCCUGACUUCUUCAGUUGGACAUCAGGGGCAGAUGACAGUAGCUUGUUUGGAGGUAAAAUGAAAGCCAUCUGACUAGGUCACAUACUGUAUAAUCACGUUCAUGCAGCAUACUUCAUAUACUGUAUUACUUUUCUAUUUCAUAAUACAAAGAAAUAAAAGCUCUGAAGUAUCUCAGUUAAACCAAACGUUUAUCAAUAAGGUAAAUCAGAUGUGCUUGGGUUUCAAUCUGCAUUUGCUCUUGCAUUGUUUAGGAUAUUUACAGUGUAACAUUUCAUCUGCAACUACAUCAGAACUGUCAGUAUUCUGUUUCAGCUUUGGUCAUUUUUGUUGCCCUGAUAUUCAGAGUUUUAUUUAUUGUUUGAAUGAGUGUAGACUUAUGUGUGCAGAAUCUUGAUGCUUUUGUUUCCAGAAAUGUCCAUGUGUAUCUAAAAAUGAUUUUACUAGCUCUGGUGGUCAACUAAACUAUCAAUAAAGAUGGUCCUCUUCUAUAUAAUAA